GAGAGAGGACGAAGUUUUAACAAUACCUUUGAGAAAACGGUUUCCUCCAAUCCUCCACAGUUGCUAACUUUAUUACAUUCCAUUGCGAUCUCUCACUUUCUCUCUCCUCCAUCUAAGGUUCUUGAGUUCUUCAAUACCUCCUCUCACAACUACUAUUCGAUCGGCCAUUUGCAAGUACAAUUACAAGAAAUAAUGUUAUUGUUUCCAGAUUUGCUUUGAAUUCUAAUUACUUAGGGCAAGAAGUCUUAAUUCUUUGGUUUCGACGAAGCCAGUGAGAAAUUUCCAGGGUUUCAUUUCAAUUUCGGGUUUUUUCCUAAAUUGGGUGGAAAUUUGAGAUUCCAUGCUGAUGAAUUAAUUUUUAAGGUAAAUUAAAGGUUAAAGUUUUCUCAAUCGCUGUUGCAUUAAAAACUGAUGGCUGAUCGAACAGAAGAUUAUAUGAAUUUGGAAUUGAAUUUAGGACUUAUGUCUCCGCCACCGGCUGCAGUAGGUCAUCCGCCAUUGGGGCUAUCAUCAGAUGAAUCUUUGAUUGGUGGUGGGUGGGAAUCGCCUUUUAGUAGUGAUUCUUUUAGGCUGAGGAGUAGGAAUGGCGGGCAAUGGAGGCAUGCUGAAUUAGACCAGUUAUUAGGAUCACAUUCAUUACGAUUGGCAGUCGAUUCUGAUGAAAAUGACAGUGAUCCUGAUCCUGGUGCGGGUGCUGGUGUUGACAUCGAGGAUAAUGCCGGGGUGUUGCUAGCAGGGGAAGGCAGUGUUGCUGCUGAGCUAAGAAGCGAUGAUGCUGUCAAGACUUGUGAGAAUAAUGUGAUCCCUGUCGAGAUUGGUUCUGUUGCUAAGAACGAAGAUGUCAUUGAAAAGCUCGAUUCUGAGGAAGGAAGUUUUUUCGAUUGCAAUAUAUGUUUUGAUUUAGCCAAAGAACCUGUUGUUACUUGUUGUGGCCAUUUGUUUUGUUGGCCCUGCAUUUAUAAAUGGUUGCAUAUUCAUUCUGAUCAUAAUGAAUGCCCUGUGUGUAAAGGAGAAAUCGAGCUUAAGAAUGUCACUCCGAUUUAUGGGCGAGGAAACCAUAUUAGUCCGCCUGAAGAGGAUACAGGCGUCAGCAUCCCAGUGAGACCGUCUGCUCCACGAGUAGAUGGUUAUAGGCAAACCCUCCAAAGGGCAACCUCAUUCCGGAUGGAGGAGAUGAUCAGACGUCUAGGUUCUCAGAUUGAACUUCCUCGUGAAGAUAUUGUUUCGAAUGACGAUGAUGAACUUCCUCGGAGGGCUGCUCUUACGAAUAGGAAUGUGGCUAGUCGAGAGAUGCGUAGGGAGCAAAAUCCAACUGUAACUACUGAAGUUGUCGAGGGUACACCGCAAAGACAUGUAAACCGCAGGCUUCUGCCUGUAAUUUAUCGAGUAGGGCAAACACCGAUCAGAUCUGUUAGUAACUCGCGUCAUGUAGCAGCUGCAUUAUCUGACGCGUUUCAUCAUCCUUCUCCCUCAAGAAUGAGCCGAGAGAUGAUAGUUGAGACAUAUUUUCGGUCCAUUUCCCCAAGAAGGAACGCGAACCAAGAGAUGCCACCUCCUUCUCAGGAUGACCGAGACUCAUUCUCAAGCAUUGCGGCUGUUAUACAUGGAGGGAGUCAAACAACUGACACGGCUGUGGAGAUCGAUUCGAAUGUGUCGAUCUCUACCCCUUCUUCGAGGAGACGCCGCACUUCUAGAACCUCCGACAUGGAUAGCGGCGAUUCUCGGAGGAGAAGGCUAAAUUAGAAUCAUAGUCAGUUUUGAAAUCAACAUUGUUUAAGUUUCCUUGUAACUUGCAAGCCUACUGUCUUUAUUGGUUAAUCAGUCCCUAAUAUACUUCCUAUUUCAAUAUACCAAUGCAUUGAUGUUUACUAUAUACAACUUAUCUAUCGAGUAUCCGUCUAUAAAUCGCGCUAUGAUCGGUUAACUCGAUAGGCAGUGAGUUUGUUUGCUUAUUGCUAGUGAGCUAACAAGCUAGCUGUUGCACCAGAAUUGAUCUCAAUACACUUAAAAACUAAACAUUUACUGUGUUUUUAGUUUGAACUUGAGAUGAGAUUGCUCGUAUGCUAAAAAUUAUUACAAUUGUAGGUAAAAUUUUCAUACCCAUGUGCGUAUUUGUACGUAUCAUGGUUACAUAUUCAAAAUCAUCUAACAUCUUUCAUUAGCGUACCGUAAUUUGACAGCUAAUUCGCUUUUAGAAUUUGCAAUUUGCGAGAUGAUUAGCAACUCUUAUAACACAAA